AUCCUACUAAAUUAUAUUUUUUUGAAAUUAAACUACUUGAUUUGAAAACUCGAGAUAAACAUAAAGAUGUCGUUGUGCUAAAUGUAGUUGUGUUUAUCAGCGGAAGCAGUAAUGCAUGUGAAUCAAUUAACGUCGAGCCAUAGGGCGGUAUUUACGUAUGGAUUGUUUCAAUGCGUGUUAGAUGUUGUCAAACGAGGCGGAGCGUGCUUUCGAACAUUUAUGUGAAUUCAAGAGCAUAACAGUAACGCGCGCUGAUACAAUAUACAACGAUGUGUUGUUAUACAUAAAGCAAAUCAUUGGGAUGGGCUAUUGUUCGACAAAGUUUUCUACAGUGUUACAUUCAAAACACAUUUUGAAAAAUAAAACAGUUUGGAUAUAUACAAUAAAAUAAACAUGAUUGAGCGAAGAUAUAGUGUUGAAUUUAUUUUACAUCGUAAAAAUAAAGUUACAUUGAAAUCGUUAUGUACGUUUUGUCGAAUAAAUGUGUUUUUAAUUGCCGUAUGCCUUCUGCCGAUAUGCGCCGCACUGUGCCCAACGAGCGACCGGGUGCAAGCGGCGACACAAGAGUGCUUCCGGGAGUACAGCAUUCAGAAAGUAUAUGUGGACAGGGGCGAGCGGCGACUAUACUCUGGCGUCGAUAUUGAAAUACUCAGAGCAUACUGCAGUGCGUACUUGGAUGCCUUUAAUUGUGUACGGCAGCUACUCCAGUCCUGUCCGACCUCCCAUCACAAGGACAUCAAGGCCGCACUUACACCCUUUGCAGACGACCCAGAGUUGACAGAGCUGUGCAAAACUCAUCGCCUCUAUGAACUGUACGCCCAGUAUAUGAUUUGUUUCUCUGAUCGAGGCAAGAAGUCGGACUGGUGCUUUGAUAAGGAGAUCAGCAGCUCAGUGAUGCACGUAUACCAAGUGGAUGUACAGGAGCUAUGCAAUAGGAUGUUGUCCGUCACUCGGUGUAUUGAAAGCAAUAUCCGGCUGGGCUGCGGCGAGCAGGCGGCGGACCUCGUGCAUCUCCUCGUCAAGCCCACUGUGCCUGGGAGCGGCCAGUGCGUGUACCCGCUCUACCCGGAGGUAACCAGAAAUACUACAUCUACCGUCAGGCGAAACAAUUCUCAACAAGAUACCAAUAAACAUCCCGGGCCCUUAACAAAAUCAAGGAAAUCUAACAACACUGAAGCCUUACAUCCAAAUGUUGUUAUAAGUCUAUUGACGUAUAUUUUUUCAAUUCGUUGUCAAAUUUUCAAUAUCUUUCAGUCCUGACAUCGGAUUUCUUUUAUUUUUAAUACUUAGUAUUUAUUCUUGUAUUGUUUUCUCUUAACAUAUAUUACAAUUGGUUAUAUCCACCAUAGGCGCAUUGAUAUGUAAUACGCCUAAAAUUAUAUUUAAUUAGUUUUAUGUUUCGUACACUGACAUAAAAACGAACAUUUAACAGUGCCUUAUGCGUUUUAAACACCGAUGUGCUGUUCGGUAUAAAUAUGAAUGGAAGGUGACUAAAUAUGCUUGUCUAAAAUGUUUUUUUCAUUUUUGACUAAUCAUGCGGACAUUUUGUACACAAAUGCAAGUCGUCAUUGACCACACAUGGCGGCAUAAGUGUCACACGGAGCAGUUGUCCAGUGUCGAAAUCUUUAAAUUACACAUGUAUGUUUUGACAAAACCAAAUGUGCACACUGUGUACAUGAAUUUCGAUUGUUUUCGAAAUAAUUGUAUCGAUUUCAAGUGUUGUACAAUGGUUUGUUUUGUUAGAAAUGGCAACAACUACUUUGUUACACAUGUAAUUAAUUUAACGUAAUUUGUUUAUAUAUAAUUUAUUUAUUUUAUAUUAUGAUAUUCUGUAAUAUGUGCAUAAUGGGGCUUAUCGGUUGCACCUUUAAAUAUGAACGUGUACCUUAAGUUUUGAUAAAUUUAAUAUGUGUAAAGCAUCUUGUCAUCUUCGUUUACAUGUAUUCACAUGUAGAUUAAUUUGUAUAAACCUGUUAAAAGACUUUCGUUUGACAGGACACAUAUAGUAGAAAACUAUGUAAUAAAUAUUUGAUAAUUGCAUGUUUAGAAGCCAAAGGUUGUAAAUUUGACCAAUAUAAUUGCAAACAUAUGGGAAAUAUUGAUAUGUUCAUUUAUGAACGUUGCCGUACCAAGAAAAUAUGAUUUGUAUCGAUAUUGCAUGUCUAGAGGACUUUAGAAAAUACCAUGCAUAUAACUUUUCGCAAAUGAUUUGUAACGACUUGUGCAUAAAAAACGUGUGUUUCAUAUCGUAUUUCACUAAAUGAUCUAGCAAUUUUACGUCAUUUGUUCUUUUGAUUUCUCAAGGUUAUAAUAUCCUGUCAUGUUGGUUGUGUCAUACAUGCAUACAAAUAAAUAGUAAUUGUAAGCAUUAACAAGCUUUAAAAAAUACCAAAAAUAUACAAACGUGAAACACAUAAACCUUUAUGGCCACAAAACGCAAACAGGUAAUCACCAAACAAAUAAUAAAAUACAGAUGUAGCAAAAAUUGAAGACUAUUGCCAAUAUAUGAAUUGUUAAUUAAAUUAACUGUCUUGCAAUAUUAUUUGUUAUGUGUGCCACAUUUUCGAAAAUAAAGUAUAUAAUUUAUAUUUAAUUGUUGACCGAAGUCGUUCUUCUAUAUGCUUAAAUAAUCCGUAUAAUAAAUGAUCUGCAUUUUAUUCAACAAUGCUUUACUUGUUACCGACAUUUUCAACAGUUGUUGUCAAAGAUAUGUACGAGAAGAUGGAUACUAAAAUAAUGUUAUAGGUCUUUAUAAAAGAUACUAUUAUCAUGUUGCUAAUGCAAAAGGUAUUUAACUCGUGCUGGUAUUAACUACAUGUGUUCAAGAUUCGUGUUGCACUUCGCUUCAGCAUAUUUAUUACUGACAUGGUAAGAGCUUAGUUAUAGUAUCAUAUGUUAUCUGCAUUAUGCACAUAAUGUCAAUGUUGUUGCAAUUUUAUUAUGAUUCAUACAUGCAAUAAAUAAUAUACAUAUG